ACUGUUCAAUAUAGAAAACAAAACCUUUAAGAUUGUUCAGCGAUUGCUGUUAGCUAUACAAAUCUCCGGCAGGGAAGAAAAUUUGACAAUAUGGUGUGUUGUGCCCUCAGAUAACUGUAAUGGUCUUCAGGUGUUGGGAAGUUGUGCAACAGGGUUGGAGCAGCUCCCAAUGGAUGCAGACCUUUUUGAUGAUAUAUUAACGGACAAUGCUGUCAAGACUGCUAGGGCUGGUGGCAAGUUUCAACCUAAGGCCAAGCCAUGUGGCCCCCCACGUCCAAUAAAAAAAAAUUCAGGUCCAUCUUCAUUACCUUCCUCUGAGCCAGUUCGGACUAAUGAUGUUUCUGAGAGCACAGCUGAUGAAUGUCACGAAAAGGAAAAACCAGCUGCUUCAGUUGAUGAUAGGAGCUUUGGAGUUGUAAAUUGUACAUCACAACACCUUGACAGUAGUGAGAAUGGCAACCCAAUUGCUUCUUUGGGUCCUGUUAUGGACAUUUUCGUGCCUGAUAGCAAUGAAGAUUGGCAUUCUUGCUUUGAAAAAACCAUGGGAGAGAAUUCCGACAUAUUCAUCGGCUUGGAAUCACUUGGUGAUUUUCUUCCUGAUUCUGCAACUGUUUUGGAUAAUUCUAUUCCUUCUUCUGAGGCACGAAAUGUUCAUAUUUCUGACAGUGAGAAUACAGAAGGAGGACUAGCCGAUCCCCUCAUUCCCAAUAUUUCAUCACAAAGUGAAUUUUCAACAGCUCAAGAUCCUUUAGCUGGCACUGAUCGUAUUGUUGGUACUAGUGGCGGUUGUUCAGAUGAUAGAAACUUGGACACAGAGGAAAUGGAGACUUAUCAAUUGGACUCUCUAGAUAUGUCUGAGCUAACAACUGGCUCUGGUCGGCAAAAAUUCCAACCAAAAUCAAAGAUGCAGGCUCAUAGACAGGGAAGUGGAUCUAGUAUUCCCGAUCUGGAUAUGGUUGACCCUGUUCUCUGUCAGCAAGAUUUGGAGUCUGUUCCCUCUGAAGUUGAUGUUGUGGAUCGCAGAUCAGUUCCUGCAUCACCAACAGAUGAUAUUCUUGAUGUCUCAUCUGCAGGACCAAAUCAGACUGCUCCAGCACAAUUAACAUCUGAAGUUCUGUUAGAUGCAGAACCGAGCAAUCUUAUGGGGGCUUCCUAUCAAGAAGAUGGCAUUUUUGUAGAUCACUCGGAGGCUGUUCUUGAAAUGCCUGGAAAACUGGCUUCUCGUAGGGCAAAGAGUGGAAAGGGUAAAACUCAUACUGCAUUAGAUCAUUCUCCCAAGAAGCAAUUGGCUUCAAAAUCCAGCGAGACAAAUGUUGGUGGUAGAUCACUUAGGAGAAGAACUAAGCGUAAAAACGCGCAUAACCUUGUAGACGAAUCUGAGGAUGAGGAUCUUGAGGAUAGGGAUCUACCAGCUGAGUCUCUUAGUAAUUCUGUUCUAAACGAGGAUGACAACACUGAUGAGGAAUUUCAAUUGGAAGAUGAUUCACAAACCAAAAAGUCGCAGAAAAAAUCCAAGAAACCUACUUUUGAUAAGGAAAAACCAGCAAGAAAGCGAAAGAAGGAUACUGAAGCAUCAGAGCAGGCAGUCAAAGCAGCACCUAAGAAGUUCUCUCACUCUACUAGGAGGAGAAGAGUUGACAAGGCUUUAUUGGAAACUCCAGAAGAUGAAAUUGACUUCCAGAAGGUGCCUCUUAGGGAUCUUAUAUUGCUUGCAGAGUACAGGGAGCGGAUGGCGAAAAAGGAGGCAACAACAACACCAGGACCGCUUUCAAAUCAGAGCAAUGGAAAUUGUUCUGCACGUGACAAUGAGGAUGGGGCAGCUGGUACUUCUGAACAGUAUGGUGAAGAUGAGGCCUUUGCUUCAGAACAAGGCAGAGAAGCUAAUGAUGAACAAGAAAGUCCUCAGGUCGAAGAAAAUUCUGGCUACUUCAACUAUCAGACUUACAUGGACAAAACUCCAAUAGCAAGAUGGUCAAAGCAGGACACAGAAUUAUUCUAUGAGGCUGUGCGACAGUUUGGAACAGACCUUUCGAUGAUCCAACAGCUUUUUCCUGGUAGGACACGUAGGCAGAUAAAGUUGAAAUACAAGAAAGAAGAGCGACAGCAUCCUUUGAUGCUUCGUGAAGCUCUUAGUACACGUUCUAAAGAUCAUUCCCAUUUUGAACUAGUGAUAGAGCGUCUGAAGCAAAUGGCUGCCGAGGAAAAGCAAAACUCCAGUACAGCUGAUUCAGUUAAUUUGAUGGGAGAGGAGGAAGCGGAAGAGGAGACACUUGAAACAAAUGAAAUGGAUGAAGAAGCAAAGUCUGAACAAAUUGAUGGAGGAGUGCUUGGCAAUAUGGAGCCGGAUAUUUCAGAAACUGAGAGUCCUGAGAAGUCUUAUGAUAGCGAAGAAGAAUUGCUACGUUGGAGUCAAUAUAAGAGCGAAAUUUAACGGGCAGAUGUAGUUGGCUAAUUUUGUAGAAGCCAGUCAGUCAAUUUUUUUUUUUUUUUUUUUGGUUUCAUUCCUAAUGUGCUAUACACUAAUAUUUUUGAGGGUAGAUAUUUUGUCAGAAUGAAGACCUGAGGAUUUUGUUGCUCGCAAAUCUUUGAGCAAUUUCUUUUUUCUUUUUAUUGAGGGAAUCUCCCCAGCCAUUCUUCUUGUUUUGGCUGGCGUAGGAAGGUCACAGAUGCGGCCUCUCAACUACAUUUUUCUCUUUUUCCUGGCAGCCUCUUUGUUAUCAUCUUUCCUGAUA